CCAAAAUCCAAUUUAUAACUACAUAGUAGCAAUACAAAAACCAGAAAAUUAGAAAGCUCUCAUCCUCCUAUCAACAAUGGCAGAAACAGUGAAGAGAAGGUAUGCAGUUGUUACAGGUUCGAACAAGGGGGUUGGAUUUGGAAUAGUAAAGCAACUAGCUACAAAUGGGGUCAUGACAGUGUUAACUGCUAGAGAUGAGAAGAAGGGUAUUGAAGCUGUUGAAAAACUGAAGGAGUGUUGCCUCUCUAACCUUGUUGUUUUUCAUCAGCUUGAUGUCACAGACCCUGAUAGCAUCGUUUCCCUCGCAGAUUUUGUCAAAACCCAUUUUGGAAAACUGGAUAUCUUGGUGAACAAUGCAGCAGUCAAUGGACUCACUAACGAACCUGAAGCUUUCAUAGCUGCAGCUGCAAAUAGGGGAAAGGAAGGUGUGGACGUCCACUGGAGUGAUUUUGCAACUCAGACAUACGAGUUAGGCAAAGAAUGUCUAAAAACAAACUACUAUGGCACCAAGAAAAUUACCGAAGCACUUGUUCCUCUCCUUGAGCUAUCGGAUUCACCAAGAGUAGUCAAUAUUAGUUCUGGCGCAGGGAGGUUAAAGCUUAUACCGAACGAGUGGGCCAAAGGGGUGUUAGGUGAUGCUGAGAAACUUACAGAGGAGAGAGUAGAUGAGGUUCUGAAUGAGUUUCUAAAAGACUUCAAAGAAGAUAUGCUAGAAACCAAAGGCUGGCCACUUUCACUUUCUGCUUAUAUACUCUCCAAAGCUUCCUUGAAUGCAUACACUAGAAUUCUGGCCAAGAAGUACAAAAAUUUCUGUGUCAAUUGCGUCUGCCCUGGAUUUGUCAAAACAGAUAUGACCUUCAAUGCAGGCAUCUUAACCACUGAUGAAGCUGCUGAAAAUGUUACCAGGCUAGCUGUGUUUCCAAAUGGCAAUCCCUCCGGUAUCUUCUUCUUUCAACAAGAAGCAUCAUCCUUUUGAGUAUAAAGUACCAUUUUACCAAUUCAUGUAAUGGUGAUCCUCCAAUAGUGAUCCUUGAAUGGCUUAUUCAUAAGCAAUCAAUCCAAUUUCUGAGGAGACUAAGAAAAUGAUGCUAGUAGCUUCUCUUCUGGUUCUACAAUAAGCAAUCUGUGACUGUUAGCAACACAUUAUCAGUUUAAGAUAGGUACACUAUAAGUCAUUAUGUAUUCUCGUUGGUAAGUAUAUGAAAAGUUAUUAGUUCUCACUUCUCAA